ACCGGCGUUGGGAGUGGGGACGGUAGAGGCGCGUCCCGUCCCGCGGCUCUACCACCUGGGGGUUUUGUUCCCCCCCCCUUUUUUUUUUCUUAUAUAUAAAUUAUUUUUAUCUAUUUUUGAGGGAACCGGGUGUAUUUUUUUUUUUUCUUUCGCUGUGGCCGGCCGAGGGACUAAGCCGAGAUCAAUGAAGGAAAGAAGAGCGAGCCAGAAGUUAUCGAGCAAGGCGGUGAUGGAUCCCAACCAGAACGUGAAGUGCAAGAUCGUGGUGGUGGGGGACAGCCAGUGCGGGAAGACCGCCCUGCUCCACGUCUUUGCCAAGGACUGCUUCCCUGAGAGCUACGUCCCCACCGUCUUCGAGAACUACACGGCCAGCUUCGAGAUCGACACGCAGCGCAUCGAGCUCAGCCUCUGGGACACCUCGGGGUCUCCUUAUUAUGACAAUGUCCGCCCGCUCUCCUAUCCAGAUUCUGAUGCUGUCCUGAUUUGCUUUGACAUCAGUCGGCCAGAAACUCUUGACAGUGUGCUAAAAAAGUGGAAAGGUGAAAUCCAGGAGUUCUGUCCGAACACCAAAAUGCUUUUGGUUGGUUGCAAGUCGGAUCUGCGCACAGAUGUAAGCACGCUAGUGGAGCUUUCCAAUCAUAGGCAGACGCCUGUGUCCUACGAUCAGGGUGCAAAUAUGGCCAAACAGAUUGGAGCAGCUACGUAUAUUGAAUGCUCAGCCUUACAGUCAGAAAACAGUGUCAGAGACAUUUUUCAUGUUGCCACCUUGGCGUGUGUGAAUAAAACAAAUAAAAAUGUUAAACGAAACAAAUCGCAGAGGGCAACAAAGCGGAUUUCACACAUGCCUGGCAGGCCAGAACUUUCCACAGUGGCGACGGACUUGCGAAAGGACAAAGCAAAGAGUUGCACGGUGAUGUGAAGGACCUCGAUUUCCUGGAGAAGGAGGAAGAGAGCGUCCCGGAGGGGUGGGGGCUCAAUGAAGUACACAGCCACAUGGUAUUUAUCGAGGGCUUAUGCCAGUGCUUUAAUGGAGACUCUUCACCUCUUGUGUGAGACUGUAUUUAGGAACUGAGCAGCGAGAAGAAAUGGCUCUACACGAGGUGGCAUCAGGAAAUGACACGUUGAAGAAAAUGCCAAAAAAAAAAAUAUAAAUAAAAAGGGAAAAAUGUUUGAGUGUGCUGAGAAAAGAGAGAGUGAAUGGGAAAAUAACUGCAAAGAAGAGAUGUCAUUGACAGUGCUUGUUUCUUUUAUUAACGCUCUACUCCUGGAUGCUACCACUUUGAUUUCAUUAAAAUAAUACUUUAAUGUUUGGGUUUCUUUAAAGAAGACAUUAUUAAUAUGCCCUCCUCAUUAAGGAACUACCCCUGUGACCUUAUAGUUGGUUUUCCAAAGGAUAUGAUCUAAUUUUUUAGUAGCUCAUCGUUAAAAUGGAGAGUAUACCGAGGCCUGUGCGUCACCUAGAGGAAAACACUGUACGUGAGAAGUCUGGAGUUUUGCCUUCCCGAGAUGGCAGCGCAGUCUACAUUGAGCACGUUGGUAAUGAAGACAACAGUUUGAGGUUUCCCAGUAUUGCAGGUGCCCUCGCACUGUGGAAAUUCAAUGGAUGAAAUUGGAGUGUGGGGGCAAACUACCUGCCCGUUGCAGGACUCUGACUUUCGGUUCCUCUUUGUGAUUGUAAUUUAGAGUGGAAGUGAUCUCCAGUUCUGGUGUACUGUAUGGGUAUGUCGCUGUAGGUUCAAGUGAAAGGUGCUAAGAGCUAUGACAACAAAUGAUCCUUAGUUUUACAACCAUGAUAAUUCGUUAAGCCUUACUGCCCACCUGGGGAAGCCCUGAGACUCUUCUGCUCCUGCUAGGAGUUGGAGAGCGGGGUGGAUCCCAGGACCUAGCCCUCUGUAAAUGCUGCGGAGAAGUGCUGUUCUAUGACGCGGUUCUCCGCAAUCAGCUUUGCAAAAACCCCCAA